AUGUCAAUGAAGGAGGCGCUUGAAAUAGAAACUCACAAUGUUGGGGAAAUCAUGAAGGAAAAAGAUGCCCUUAUUCAGCGCAUCGUGAGGGAACUCAAUCGUGCCAAUGAUCUCAAGGAGAAGGAGUGGGAAAGACAGCAGAAAGGUGACAACGACGAAGACUCUGAUAUGUUUAUUAACACAGAUCCAUAUUUUAAUGCCCCUCACGCUUCCUGGCAUCCCAUGCUCUUGUUGGUAUAUUUGACAAUUCUCCUUAUGCACCUCAGUCCAGUGCUCCCUGCCUCUUUGGCAACUUACUCUGGACUCUAG